UUUCUGCAGCUCUCCCAACUAAACUUAUUAAAAUGAUAAGUUAUGACUUCCAAGCAUGCUACCUUCGAACUAGAAUUUAUGAUGGAGGACGGCGGUAAGCACUUGCAUCCAUUCCAGAUACAUAUUAUGUUUAAGCUAAUAAUGGCACAAAUUAUCCGCACACUAUUGGUACCUAAGCGGGGUAUGUAAAGGGCGCGGAAAACAUGUGCUGAGCUGUGUAGGCCAGUUCCAAUCGAGGUGGAAUGGGAAUGAUUUGGAAGCUCUCCUCCUUUCCUCAGCUGUGUGGGGUUGCAGGGGGCAUGGGGAACGCUUAUCGAGCUUGCAGGCUUCAGCAAUCCGACCCUUUAAAUAAUUUGGAACAGAGAAAACACAUAAAUGUAACACGCGGUUGUAAAAUGAUGGAGAAUCAAGAGGUAUCAAAGGAUUAUAGAGCAGGAAAAAUCCAUGCACAACGGUCAGUAGUAGAUGCAUUUUUACAGGGAAAUGUUAACUAUAACAAUUCACCACAGGGAGGUUGGAAUGGAAAAGAUACUCAAACAAAAGUAAGUAAAUUAGAUGAGAGUACAAGGAUGGAUGAGAAUUCCGGGCAGGUUUCUAAAAUUAAAUCGGAGGACAGUCGAAAAGAGGCUGAGUUAAUUACUUCCUUUGAGAGGCAACAAAAGCGAGAGGGCUAUUCGGACAGGAAAUCUGGAAUUCAAUUCCCCAGAGGCGGGAGUGGGAAUAGCCAAAAUGAGAUGCCUUUGGGCGAGGAUGGUUCCCAAGAGAGAGCUAGUUAUGUGAAAAGUGGCACACAUGAUAAGCAAAGCUCUAAAGGUGACUAUCUUGAUCUAGCUAGGCAGUCCAGUAUUGCUGAUAUGAUUGCAAGGGAUUCUUUAGCAGAUGAUGGGGUUUCUAUCGAAAGUAAGUUAUCUGAAGGUGAAGCUGAGCUUUCUGACGAGAGUCUCAUAAUAAAUUCUGAUAGGGAGUUAGCCUUUAGGAAGCAGGCAGUGAAGAGAUCAAGCGUAAUUGCCAAACAAGUAAUCAGCAAGACAUCUGCACUUACCAUGGGAUUUGUUUCUCAGCUUUGGGUGGACGCGAACUCUUGGAUAGUUGAAAUGGUAGAGAUCAGGCCAAGCUUGUUUUCUGGAGAAAUGGACAAAUUCUUUUUGAAGGACUUAUGCCAGGUGGGAGAUGUAAUACUUGUUGAGGAUGAAAAUGUUUUGCAGAAUGAGCUUCCAAUGAUAGGGUUGGAUACCUUGGUUGGUUACAGUAUUAUAACAGAAGAUAGUUAUUACCUUGGAAAGAUUCGUGAUUACAAAUUUAAUAUCAACAUGGGGAAUGUGACUUAUCUCGAGUUUGAUUCAUUUGGAGUUCCUUUCAUUCCCACUAGUGUGGUAAGCACAUAUUGUUUACUUGUUGAAGAUGUGAUUGAAAUUACAUCAAAUACAGUAGUGGUGAGCUCUGGUGCAGCUGUUCGAGUGCAAAGACUAACAAAGCAAAGCAUGUCAAGGCGGAUUAAAUCUCACUUUCUUUUUCAGGGUCUCUGGGAAUCUCCAAACCUUCAUGCAAAGGUAUGGAAUGAUGCCAAGUUAAGGAAAAAAAAUCUCAACAUUGAGGACUAUGGAUCGAUGGAUGAAGAUUUUGAGAGGCAACCUAACCUUUUAUUGAAGAAAAAAUACUCAAAUAAGAGUAGGGUUAAAAAAGCAGCACUUAAGGAAUCUGAUGUCAAGGAUGAAUGGCAGCUACCUUUGGAUUACUGAUCAAUUGAAACUUGGGUUCUUUUUGUACAUUUAGCAUCUCAUUUUAAGAUAACACCCUCCGUCAUUGUUCUUCUUACUGUACAUGCUUAUAGUUUGUAGUCAGUUUUUAUGUGUAAAAUAAGUAGUUUCCAUUCCACAAGCGAGAGAGUUAGUUCUACUAUGUGAGAUGUUGGGAAAUUCUUUUGUGUCCAAUAGUCACCUAUGCACUUAAAAAAAAUGUUAUAGAUAUGUACCCUAUUGAAUUCUUAAGUCAUCUUAUAAUUGUAAUUAGUUUUGAAAAGGCGGCAAAUAUAUUAGAAUUUAUUCUUUAUUCAA